AGGCAUAUCAACAGCAGUAUAGUGAGUCAAUAGGAAAUAGUUCGUAAGGAAAAAAAAAAUUUCUUAUGAAUUUUCAGGUUUUGACUCACCUAUAGGAAGUGCUAAUAAACAACAUCAAAUUAAUUCAGCACCUUCUACUUUUGUAUCAAGACGUCCUCAAAAAACCAAUGAUGAAAAAGAUUAUCGAAGACCACCAUUAAAUCCAAAUGCAUUUAAAAAAACUCAUUUUGGCGAGACAUCAACAAAUAAUAUAAAUGGUACACCACCUAAAUAUGGUAGUUACCGAACAACAAAAACACGUAGUGCAACAGGUACUCAUCUACCUAGUAUGAUGCGUACAGGUCGAACUAUUGAAAAUGGUGAUUUAAAUAUAAUGGCAGCAACUGGACGAGGACAACAAAAACCUGAUGCUUCACCACAAAUGCAACGACGUGCAACAGGACUCAAAACACGAUCACCAAGUCCAGCACGUCGACCGUCACAAGUUGAUGGAUUUUUACAGCAACAGCAACAACAAAAAACACGUGUGCCUACAGCAGCAAAACAUUGUCAUGAAUGUGGUGAAGCUUUUCCUGUUGAAUGGGCGAAAUUUUGUUGUGAGUGUGGUGCAAAACGCUUGGGCCUUUAA